AUGGAUAAUGAAUACCUGAAUUACGUUGAGCAGUUUAAACGUACAAUUUUAACUGUUGUAGAAUUAGAAGUUAAAAGACGACCUACAGCCGCAGCAGCUGCUGUGCUACGUUAUAUGCAAAAUGAAAAUCGGCAAUAUUCUAAAAAACAAUGUUGGAUAGCGCCUAUCUUCGAAGAUCGCAAUAAAAGCAGUUUUUACUUUGCAUCAGUCCCGAAAUUAAGUUUAGAAGAUCUUCGUUUCCAUAAUUAUUUUAGAAUAAGUGCAAGUAAGUUGGAGGAAUUAUUGCAAAUUGUUGGCGCAAAACUACAGAAACAGAAUGUUGUUCGGGAAUCCAUUUCCCCACCUGAACGCUUAGCAUUGACAUUGAGAUAUUUGGCAUCUGGCGAUUCUAUGGUGUCGAUGUCCUACCAGUACCUUGUAGGAGUAACAACGGUUAGCAACAUUAUUAAAGAAACGUGUGCAAUAAUUUGGAACAGUUUGUGCCCUUUAGUUUUACCUAGCAGAUUAGAAGAAAAAGAUUGGUUAGAUAUAGCUAACGAAUUUGAGAAAUGGAAUUUUGCGCACUGCAUUGGAGCUAUCGAUGGCAAGCACGUUAUUAUUCAAUCUCCCAAUAACGCCGGCUCAACAUAUUUUAAUUACAAAAACAGCUACAGUAUUAUUUUGAUGGCUAUCUGUGAUGCAAAUUACAUUAUCCGUUUUGUAGACAUCGGAGCCUACGGACGACGCAGCGAUGGUGGCAUAUUUCAAGACAGUGCCAUAGGAAAAGCCUUUGACGAAGGCCGAAUGAAUGUUCCGCAACCGGCCGCUAUUGCAGAUAGUCCUGUGUUACCCUUUUGUCUCGUAAGAGAUAAGGCUUUUCCCAUGAAGCCAUAUUUGCUUCGCCCGUAUCCAGGUAGAGACUUAACACCGGAACAAGCCGUGUUCAAUUAUCGUUUAAGUCGAGCAAGACGAUCAAUUGAAAACACCUUUGGUAUACUUGCCAGUCAAUGGCGAAUAUACAGAAAGCCAAUUAUCGCCAGUCCUACAACUGCCUCAAGAAUAGUUCAGGCACAACUGGGUGCUUACACAAUUGGCUUAGAAAAAAUGAUAUUGAUGUAA